AUGGAUAAUCCCACUGCCACCCACAAGGAUCCAGAUCCCCUCCCCACUCCAAGCGACACGCACUCCAUAACCUUCCUCCCAAUCAACCAACCCAGCUCACCCGACACGCAGCGCGCGAGACGCGGAUACCAAUCCUGCGAUAAUUGCCGCGAGAAGAAGAAGCGAUGCGUUACAGAUCAGGGGGAGGCGACGUGUCGGAGGUGUCAGGAUGAGGGGAGGGUUUGUCGCAUGACGCAUGCGAGGAAGAAGAGGAAGAUACGGCCUUCAAGGGGGGUGGGUCCCCAGACUCUGGGUGCUUUCCAUGUGCAGGAGGGGGAGCAGUCUCAUCUGGGGUCAGUUGGGAGUGAGGUUGGGGUUGCUAGAAUUCCGUCACCGAGUCAUGAUGCGACUACCAAAGAGCGGAUUCUGUCGACGCAUCUCCUGGAUGCGAGUGACGCCUUGGAUCUCAUUGCCGUCGCGGGCUCGAAGGAGAAUAUCGAUCAAGGGCGUCUGAGAAGCGACCCGCAGCUUCGUAGCGCAGAUGGGCAGCCUCGUCAUUUGCAUGGCGGUUCCUCAUGCGGGUGGAAGCAUUUUUUCUUGGUGAAGAGAGGCAUCGUUCGUGCCGAUGAGGCAGUGGAGUAUCUCGACUUCUACUUUUCUAUGCUAUGGCACCUCUUCCCAGUCAUACCGCAAUACUAUGCGUCGCCUGAUCGGUAUGCAUUACUAGCCUCGGCGGAGCCUGUUCUUGCCGUUGCUUUGAUUGCACUGGCAUCCAGGUACCAUAUCCUCAGUGGGUAUAAUGGUACGGCCCGCUCGGAACGAGUACACUGGCGUACGUGGCCAUGGGUUCAGAAGCUCUUCCAGUCUUCAAUGUGCGGGUCGUCUGGCAUGCGAACCUAUGGGGCAAUUGCAGCGUUGUUAUUGUUCGUUGAGUGGCAUCCCAAGGCCAUCAAUUCCCCGGAGGAUUUCAUCAGUGAUCGUGGAGAACUUGAACUCUUCGAGCCACAUUAUCAAUCCGAUGGAGACUCGCAGAGUCGAUCGAGUAUACCGGAACGAUUGAAUCUUGUGGCGACGGCGUAUAGGAGCAAUAAGAUGUCAUGGAUGCUACUUUCAAGUGCGGUCGCUUUGGCGCAGGAGAUUGGUUGCUUCGAUGACCAUACACACGGCCAGGCACAGGAGCCUGCUCUCAACCAUGAAUGGACACGCAUCUUACGGACAUUUCUUCGACUCACAGAUGAGAGUCUAGCCUUGCGCCUACGCCUCGAACCACAGCUACCAAAUACACAAGACCUCGCCGACCACAUUCCCUCAAGCAUGGUCGGAGACCCACACUGGGAAAGCGGUGUUGAGCUUGGGAUACACAUGCGCAAAGCAAGAGAGCUGCUUCGGAGCUGGAGGAAGAGCGAGGGCGGCUCGGGCGCUGGAGUACCGCUUGGGGCAUGGGAGGGUUUUCGACGGGGUCUUGACCGGUGGAAACGACAACGAGAGUAUACCAACGAGGAUAGCGACCUGCCAUUCCGAUCUGCCUGUCUGGACAUUGAAUAUUACUAUAUCCGAUUAUGCGGUCUCAGUCCCGCCGCCCAUAUCUUCGAACGCCAGAGCGACACGGAAACCUCUCUCUCGCAAUUUGCGAAUGACGCGACAGCAGCCGCGGUUGACAUGCUGCAUUGCGUGCUUCAUAGACUCGCACCUACAGGGGCCUUCAAGUACGCCGGGGUCAAGAUCUGGCUACCGAUAGUCUGUGCCGCAUUAUAUCUUCUCAAGAUUACCCUUAAGACGGAAGAGAGAUUAGAUCGCUCCAGUUCGCGUAUACGCCUGAUCCUUGAUGUAGUCGAUAGUAUCAAACAGAACUCACCAGACGACGUGCACAUGGCACAGCGGUAUGCAGCCCUACUUGAAAUCCUCACCAACGCGGCAUUGAAAUCGUGUGCGGGUGGGGGUGAACCCGCCCAGCCAAUCGAAAGGAUUAGUCCUUUGUAUCAGCAAUACAAUAUGACUGGCGGCAUUGAAGACGGACUUGAUUUGACGGGGGAUUGGAUCUACGGAUCGCAGUUUUGGGACUCGUUGCCGGAUAUGGUGGGGUUGAACAGUGUCUCAAACUUGUUCCUGGCGGGUGAGUAGAAUAAUAACAGAACCUGUGAAACGACUUAGUCUAUCCAACUUCCUUUAAUACAUCAAGUAUCCCAGGCCAGGUAGCCACAUCUGCCUUUGACGAGCCAGGCAUCUCGAACCCUCCACAAGUUGUUCGGACCGCUAUACAUUGAGUCAACAUACUGGCCAACAAUGGCUGACACUACCCCAGAUCCGACUUUCCCUACGCCAGGACCUUAAAGUCCAACGUGUGGGGAAGCGGAGAUCCGAUUGCCAUCCGACACGGACGACUAGGCAGCGGAUAUCCCAACCUGGAAGAGCCGCCACCAACCACCACCCUUUCCCAAGCGGAUGUUGGUCAAAAUAGCCAGCAGACCAUUCCGAG